CUCCAAUUUUGAGGACUCUUGAGAAAAAUAAAAAAUCCAACCUUUUUUUUAAUUCUGUGGGGAAUCGGCCAAUCACCUGAAACCGGAACAAAAUAAAAUAAAAAAUAUAUAUAUUUUUUCAAAUGAAAUAAAAUUUGAUUCUACUGAAUGUAGGAGAGGAUCGAACUGCAAUCGAGUUUGAAUAAAAGUUAAGAUAAGUUACUAACAACGUAAUCUUCUUCUAGCGACAACGAUGGCUUCGCCGGACGUUGGGGAUAUCUUGGAGAAGUCGAGAGAGCUCGAUCGGUUGAGGAAGGAGCAGGAGGAGGUUCUCACUGAAAUCAAUAAAAUGCAUAAAAAGCUUCAAGCUACUCCUGAGGUGGUUGAGAAGCCUGGUGAUAAUUCUUUGUCGAAGCUUAAAAGUUUAUAUAUUCAAGCGAAAGAACUUUCAGAAAAUGAAGUAACUGUUUCCAACUUGUUGCUUAACCAACUAGAUGCUUUUUUGCCAUCUGGACCUCCAGGACAACAACGAAGAAGAAUAGAAGGUAAUGAUCAGAAAAGGAAACGAAUGAAAAAUGAUUCAGAUAUCUCAAGGCCCAGUCAUCCGCGAAGUCAACUUGAAGCUUGGGCUAAUCUAAAGGGUGAACAGGUAGCAGCCAGGGUGACAGAUGGUGACAAAGACGAGUGGUUUGUUGUAAAAGUAACACAUUUUGAUAGAGAAACAAGAGAAUUUGAAGUACUGGAUGAGGAGCCAGGUGAUGAUGAAGAGGGUGGCGUUCAAAGAAAGUACAAGCUGCCUAUGUCAUGCAUCAUACCUUUCCCAAAGAGAAAUGAUUCUUCUAGCGUUCCAGAAUUUCCACCAGGAAGACAUGUUUUAGCUGUCUAUCCAGGAACAACUGCACUGUAUAAGGCCACUGUUGUCAAUACACCACGGAAGAGAAAGAGUGACGAAUAUUUGCUGGAAUUUGAUGACGAUGAGGAAGAUGGAGCCUUGCCUCAGAGGAAUGUUCCCCUCCACAAGGUGGUCGCAUGGCCAGAAGAUCGCCACUAAUGUAUCAUUGUCUAUAUUUGUGCAUAAAUUUAUAGUUAGUGUGUAAUUUGAUAAACCAGAAGCUUAACACGUUUAAUUUUUGUUCAGCGAUGUAAUUGGAGGAUUUUCAAUUCAGAUCUUCAAUGUUUUCUUCUGUUA